GACUUCGGCUGGCUUUCCCUCACAGGCACAGAAAUGCUAUGGAUCUGGGCUGUCCUCUCUCUGGCGCUUGCUGGAUCACAAGAGGCUGAUAGCAUCUCUGAGGAAUCGAAGUUGAGGAGGAGUAUCAGUGAAACUGAGCCUAACUGCCCAGAAGGAUUAUACCGUGGGGGCCAAUUUUGCUGUCAACCAUGCGGGCCUGGUGAAUGGAAAUAUUUGGACUGUACAACCAGUGGUGGUAAACCAAGCUGCCAUCUCUGCAAAGAAGGGAAGGAAUAUAUGGACAAAAAACAUUAUUCUGAUAAAUGCAGAAGAUGUACAUUCUGUGAUGGAGAGCAUGGUUUAGAAGUGGAAACAAACUGCACCCGGACCCGGAAUACCAAAUGCAAGUGCAAAUCCAACUUCUAUUGCAAUGCUUCUGUCUGUGAACACUGCGAUCCCUGCAUCUCGUGUGAACAUGGAAUCCUUGAGAGGUGCACAUCAACCAGCAACACCAAAUGCAAGCAAGAAAGUUCCAGACAUCAUUUAAUAUGGCUGUUGAUCAUCAUCAUCCCCGUUUUGGUAAUAUUGGUUGGGUUUUUAUAUAAAAAGUAUUGGAGAAAAUGGCAUCGUGACCCUGAAUCUGGGACUGCAAAUUCUGAAGACAUGCCAAUGAAUCUUCCAGACGUUGACUUGCGUAAAUACAUCCUGCAUAUUGCUGAAGAAAUGUCUUUAGAUCAAGUUAAGACAUUUGUCCGGAAGAACGGGAUGUCUGAGGUGAUGAUAGACGAGAUCAGGAACGACAAUCUCCAACACACAGCUGAGCAGAAAAUCCAGCUGCUUCAGGGCUGGUAUCAAGCUCACGGGAGGAAGGAUGCAUAUUGCACUUUAAUUAAAGGCCUCAGAAGAAUGAAAUGCUAUGCUCUUGCAGAUAGAAUUCAGGCCAUAAUCCAGGCGGACAUUGAAAAUGCAACUGCAGACACCAGAAAUGAAAAUGAAUGAAAGACAAAGACUCAAGUGAAAGCUACCUCAGUUCCAGAGAGAGAGAGAGAGAGAGAGAGAGAGAGAGAGAGAGAGAGAGAGAGAGAGAGAAUCUUUUAAAUCAGCACAGUGGCUGGUGUCUGAGUCAGGAGCAUUGCUGUGAAUUCAAGGCCAGACUGUGCAACAUAGUGAUCUCUGAACUAGCCUUGUCUCAAAAAUAACAAAAGAAAAAAACAAAGCAAAGAAGAACAUUUUAAAUAAUGGAAAUCUAUAAAUGUUGUUUGGCUUUUUGUUGAGAAUAUUUUCUAUUUCCUUAGGUUUGUAGAGACAAUAUAUUUAUAAAAUGUGAAGAUUUCAUGAUUCUGUUUUGAGUAAUGUUGAAAUGCAUGUGGAGGAUGGGCAGGAACAAGAGCAGCCGCGGUAGUGAUUUAUGUACCCACAUAGAAGUCUACACAGAAGCAUAUAAACUUAAUAU